AUGCCCACUGUCUUCCCCCGUAAUGUGUUACACCCGUUUCGUAAUUUCAGAACAACUGUACCGACACCACACACUCACCGUAGUCAUGUACUAUCCCCUUUACACCCGCCCAUAUAUUUUUUCUCACCUGUGCAGCAAUCUUUCCUUCCUCCGUCUUCUUCUCGCUCUUUCUCAACAUUUGCUUACUCCAUACUCAAAAUUGCUAAUCUUACCAAUUGCUUCACCACUACUAGCGGAUCAAAUCUGAAGCCAAAAAAGAAAAAAAAAAUAAAAAAAAAAAACAAUCUGCACGCUAGUCACUCGCGAUUUUCCAGUCUGUGCAAUUCACAAAAAUUUGCCCUCUACUCUCCAGUACAGUGCACUCGAAGUCAACAGGCCGUUCGUUUUACAUUGAGUUGCAGAGCGUAG